AAGUAGCUGUUGAUGCAGCUCCACACCUUUCCGGUGUAGCAGCAGUGCGGCCAGGAAAGGAGGAAGACGAGAACUGAGUGAAUUUAUCGAGUCAAGAGGGGGAGAAAACUGUGCGGCCAGAGUUUCCUGAGUGGGUCUUUUUUUCCUUCGCUGAGUCAACGGAAUUUUGUUUUAUUUUUUUUACUUCGAAGUCGUCCCUACAGCGACGUGUGGGUCGCUCGGCGCCACCUUSUUUGAAGAAGCCGCAGAAAGCUGCUCUUUCUCCCCAGGCAGUUGUGAAGAGAACAAGGGCRCAGCCGGCGAGAAGGACCGCCUUCACGCUAUCGCCACACGAAAACCAGCACAAGCAACGCGGCUUUCUGGAGAUUUUAUUCCCACACACUCACCGUGCUGGCUCUUUGUUCCUGACAGACUUUAAAAGGGAAAAAAAGUCUCAAAAAAUUYCUGUUAGUUUUAAGUAUGUGUGUGCAGUUUUGAUUUUUUUUUUUCAUCCAAAUACAUUUUUACCAAGACAUGGUUUCACCAGUAAGCCUGGACUGAAUUGGCUGCAUUGACUGACAGCGAAUACUCAGCAACACAUUAGCAUAUUAUUGGUAUUUUUUUUUCGUUGGGACAAAGUUUUUAUGCUCAAGAGUCUAAAAUGGGGAAAAUGCUCUCAAAAAUAUUUGGCAACAAAGAGAUGAGAAUACUGAUGCUAGGACUUGAUGCUGCCGGAAAGACAACAAUCCUUUACAAACUGAAACUGGGACAGUCCGUGACCACGAUUCCUACAGUUGGCUUCAAUGUGGAAACGGUCACUUACAAAAACGUCAAGUUCAACGUCUGGGAUGUUGGAGGCCAGGAUAAAAUCCGCCCUCUGUGGCGACACUACUACACAGGCACCCAGGGCUUAAUUUUCGUGGUGGAUUGCGCAGACAGGGAUCGUAUUGACGAAGCGAGACAAGAACUCCACCGCAUCAUCAACGACCGGGAGAUGAGAGAUGCCAUCAUCUUGAUAUUCGCCAACAAGCAAGACCUCCCGGAUGCCAUGAAGCCACAUGAAAUCCAGGAGAAGCUUGGAUUGACCCGCAUCCGAGACAGGAAUUGGUAUGUUCAACCCUCCUGUGCAACCACAGGCGAUGGACUCUAUGAGGGUUUGACAUGGCUAACCUCAAAUUACAAGUCUUAAUGAUUGAGUGCUGACUGUUUUAGGUCAAAACUACAAGAUUUAAAAAAAAUGUCGCAAGUAACAAUUAACAUCUUCAAAUGAGUAUGGUUAAUAAAAGUUGAUAAUCUGCAUUUAUUUUUCUUACUUUGUUUAUCCCGUUUGACUAAUUUAUCUUUAACUGGGUUUGCUGGCUUAAAGUUUGCUUGUGUUCUGUAGCAGGCUUGUAUCACGUUAUUAUUGGGACUUGCUUGACAAUAAAUUUAAUUUGUCCUGAGGUUAAAGCUACAGAAAUCACCACUUUGCCUAUUCUUUUUUUUUGUUUUGUUUUCUAAUUUUGAAAUCUUUAUCCAUAUAGACUAAAGAUGUUUGAAAAGUCUUUAGUCUGUUUURUUGAACUUGGAUCACUUAUUUUAUUUUAUUUUUCCAACGGUCAGCUCUUUAAUGUUACAUAGCCGACUUGAAGGAUUUGGAACUUUUGUUAGCACAGUACUGUGAUUAAUUCUUCUCUGGCAUUAAGAAAGCAGUAGGGUAAUAUGCAAGGGGGGGAUUACCAACAUUUCACUUUCAUUAGACAUCAAAGAAAAAAAAAAAACCCUGAACAUGUUUUGUUCCUUGUUCCAGUUCCCUUAAGUGGGCUAUAUAGUUAACUGAUUGACCUUUUGUGUCAUGUCUUGAUAUCUAAUUGUGCUGAGUAUUAAACAACUAGGCCACCAGUAACUCUGAAACAUGCUUGUCAAAAUGCAUUUUUUUUAAAGGGUAAUAGGUAGUUGGCUCAAUCUUUCCCAAUGAAUGUCAUUCAGCUCAGAAAUCGCAGCCUGAUAUCACAGUUGAUUAGUCUCAGUAUUGGGACAUUAUAUGAUAGCCUAUAUCUGUAGCAUGAGUACAUAAGUACAUUAAGCCUACCUACAUCAGAGUCCAUCUGUUGGUGCAGUCAGAGGAAGCUGCUAACUGGUGAGAAGUUGAAUGAUACCCUGUGGUGCAGCUCUUACUCCUUUUUUGACUGGGGGGGAACUAUGUACAGAACAAUGUCAUUGUAAUGUCUUAUUAAAAAAGUGAUUUUAAAUCUUUUA